GACCAAAAAAUUUUUUAUUUUCUAAAAUUAUUUUAGUUAUGUAUUCAUUUUUAUUAUUAAGAUAGCGACCUUGGCUUUUCGCGUUUAAAAGGGAAAUAUUGCCGUCUUUCUUUCCUAAUUGCGCGUUGUCUGUUCACGUUAAAACGUUGCUGUUAUUACCUCACUUUAUAAGGGUCAGGUUUUAUAUUUUGUUUAUGAAAACGUGUUGCAAAGUAUUUUCUUUCGAAAAGAAAUGUCGGAAGGGCGCAAAAUGUUGCAGUUUUAUGAAAUGGAAUUAGAUGAUCGUAUUUUAAAGGCUAUUUCUAAGUUAGGUUGGACUGAACCAACCUUAAUACAGGAGGCUGCCAUACCUAAACUGCUGGAGGGCAAAGAUGUUAUCAUUAAAGCUCGUACAGGAUCUGGAAAAACUGCAGCAUUUGCUCUGCCUUUACUACAGAAAAUUUUAAAUACUAAAAUGAAUGCUGCAGAACAGCGUAUCAGCGCUUUAAUUUUGGCACCUAGCAAAGAAUUGUGCCAGCAAACCCGCGUUGCUAUGCAACAAAUGAGCGAGAAAUGUGGUAAAGUUUUAAGAAUUAUAGAUUUAUCUUCUAACGAUGUUCUUGCUGAAAGGCAUGCUCUCUCCGAAAGACCGGACGUGGUGGUGGGUACACCAGCCAAAAUAUUGUCCCAUUUGCAAGCAGGUGCGUUGGAUUUGAAAUAUUUGGAAACAUUAGUAGUAGAUGAAGCGGAUUUGACAUUUGCAUUUGGCUUCGAGAAAGAAUUUAAAAAAUUUGCGGAGUACCUGCCUCCAAUAUAUCAAGCGGUGCUGGUGUCCGCGACCAUAACGCAAGAAGUUAUAGAUAUCAAAAGUAUAAUUUUAAAAAAUCCAGUUAUACUAAAAUUGGAAGAACCGGAAUUAGUGCCUGAGCAACAAUUAUUACAUCAACGUAUUAUUGUAGAGGAAGACGACAAACCAGCCAUUUUGUAUGCUCUGCUAAAACUGCGCUUAAUUAGAGGGAAGAAUGUAAUCUUUGUCAACUCCGUGGAUCGUUCUUACAAAUUAAAACUUUUUCUAGAGCAAUUUUCCAUAAAAUCUUGUGUGCUGAAUUCGGAAUUGCCAUCGACAAUACGUAUACAUACAAUCAAUCAAUUUAACCAAGGAGCCUACGAUCUUAUUAUAGCAUCGGAUGAACACAUGCUAGAGAAUCCUGGACGACAUAAAAGUGAAAAAGAGUCGGGAGCUUCAAGAGGCAUAGAUUUUCAUUGCGUUUCGAACGUAAUCAAUCUUGAUUUUCCGAAAGAUGUAAACUCAUAUAUACAUCGUGCCGGGCGAACGGCAAGGGGCAACAAUAAAGGCGCUGUCUUAUCAUUUGUAAGCCUACAUGAGCAAAAAAUUAAUGAAAAAGUGGAAGAAUGUUUGCGUACAGGGUACAAGAGUGAUGAACAAAUUAUAAAAAAUUAUCAGUUUAAAUUGGAUGAAGUUGAGCCUUUUCGAUAUCGUGCUAAGGACGCUUGGCGUGCUAUAACACGUAUUGCCGUACAUGAGUCACGCGUACGGGAAAUCAAGCUAGAAAUAUUCAAUAGUGAAAAGCUGAAAGGUUUCUUUAUUGAAAAUGCUCGCGAUUUGCAAGUUCUACGUCACGACAAACCACUGAAAACAAUUAAGAUUCAGCCGCAUCUAUCGCAAGUCCCCGAUUACAUAGUCCCUAGAGCUCUGAAGCGUUUAACGAUUACUGCCAAGGGAACGACAAGUAAACCUCGUUAUUUUCAUUCAUCGGCCAAGGCUGUUUACGAGAAUCAAUCCAACAACCCUUUGCUCUGUAGUAAAGUAGAUUUUGGAAAGAAAAAUUCAAAAAAGGCAACUAAACGCUCCAAUAAAAAAUAAAUAAAAAUA